GAGAGAGAGAGAGAGAGAGAGAGAGAGAGAGAGAGGUCGCCUUCCGUUUCUCGUCAUCUCGUCGAAGGCCGUCGUCCGUCCCUGACCCUACCAAAGUGUGUUUUGCAUUGCAGACUACCAGAUGCGCAAUGUUAACGUGAGAUCGGUCAACUCUAAACGAAGGAAAACACCCUCCUCUUCCUGCUUCUGCACAGAUUCCACAACGCGGAACAUGCAAGAGGAAAGACGAGAUGGCGAGCCAGGCAGAACACCAACAGCCCGCCCCCAAGAAACCGCGGCUGGUUUUCACAGACCUUCAGCGCCGUACUCUACAGGCUAUUUUUAAAGAGACCAAGAGGCCGUCGAAGGAGAUGCAGGUGACAAUCGCGAGGCAGUUGGGCCUGGAACCGACGACGGUCGGGAACUUCUUCAUGAACGCUCGACGCCGCUCGAUGGACAAGUGGAAGGACGAGGACCCGAAGACGGUGGCGGUCGAGGAGGAACAGUUGUCGCCCACGAUAGGCAUCGGCCAGCGCCAACCGAGCGACGUUUUGUGACACACGUCCGACCACGAGGAGUACCACGACGAGUCGCCCGAGGAGGACCUGCCCUUCUCGUAAGGGCGGCGAAACCACCUCGCCCACGGGACCUGUUCUCGCCCAUACGCUCGAUCUCGACGGUAGCUUCGUGUAGCUUCGCGGACGUCUCCUUCUCGCGCCGGGGUUCCUUUUAUUUCCGCGCACGCGCACGCGCGCGCGCGCACUCAUUGGUUCUCGUUUACUCGCGGUGCUCGAUUUGCUUGUUUUCGUUCGUUCGUGUGAUACAAUUAAGUUUCUCUUAGCGUCUAUUGCGUUGUUGUCGAUCUCCCGAUUCAUCUCCCGCGACGCCCGCCGGCUGCCGGCGAAAGUGGCGCAGCGGCGGGCGGCGCGUGAGAGACCGGGACGGUCUCUCACGGACGAUUGCUUCGCGUUCGAGUGUCAUCUUUGCCGGGGAUUUUCGUUUCGCGUGAAAAAUUCUCUCGAGACGCCGCGCGUCCCGGCGCGGCGUCUCCGCUCAUCCAGCCGGCGAGAAGGAGGCGAGUAGACACGCGAGCCUCGAUCGAGGCUCUCGGAGAUCGAGCCGCGUGUCGCCGGGCGAGGACGUCCCAGCCGCUGCUUGCGAUCGAUCAUCACGAAAUCCCCCGCGCGAAACGACCCCGCCGAGACCGCGGAUUCCGCACCUCCACGGCGGACCGAUCCAAGCUCUCCAGAGCCCGUGCUCAAAAUCGAGGCACCAACGACUCGCGAGCGAGCGAGCGAGCGAGCGAGAGCGCGACGCCGACCGCGCGCUUCUCCGUUUCGCUUCUUCGUCGGACGACGCAAUCGUGGAGGUGAAGCCGCGUCUCGACGAAACGUCCCGUAACUUUAAGUAGAACCAUCGGAUAAAGAGCGAGAAAGAGAGAAGGAGAGAGAGGGAGAGACAGAGAGAGAGAGAGAGAGAGAGAGAGAGAGAGAAAGGGAAGGGAAGAGACGAUAACUCGCGGCCCACCCGCGUCUCGGCUUUGAGCAGUUCUCGCAAACUUCGUGCCAUAGUUUGCCAUAUUAGCGUAUAAGUUGUUCCGUAUGAUUAGCACGCGGAUCUCGCGCCCGACUUCCGCCCCCCCCCCUCUGCCCCCUUUCCCAGCGUGCGUUUCUAGUCCCAUUGAAAGGCGCGCGCACUUCCCGCGGGAGACGACGCGGUCGUCCUCCGCGAGGACGGGGCGCCCGUCGUCCGCGUUGAUCGCGAGGCGGGUCCUCACCCUGUUCUUCUUCUAGUCAAAAUUCGGAAGCUUCUCGCGUUCUGAGUUCGCAGCGCGCGCCCGGAGGGAGGGUCGUCUUCGCGAGGGCGCUCGAUCUUCGAGUUCGCGCACGUCGCGGCCCGGAGGAGGGGGUCAGUUCGCCCGCGAAACCCGUCGACUCUUCUCGUGGCUUUUGCCCUCUUGUCCCCCCCCUCUCUACCCCCAUUCAUUACGUUCCUCCCUGUUGUACACGCAAGGGACCGGACCCCGCUGCUUCGGGCGCGUCGCGCGCGUGUCCGUCGCUUUAUCGUCCUGCCCUCCGCCUCAGGAUCGGCCUGACCUCAGGAGACGCGACCGGGGCAGCGUGGUCCUGCCUGCGCACCGCGAUCGAGGGUGGGUCCUUUUGAUCGCGUCCCGACGUAAUGAUUUCGCUCGCGAACGCGUGUCCUUGUCUCGUAAAGUCGGCGGUCCCUCACGCAGGACGCGCGUCCGAGUCGCGUGUGCCUUUUCCUCUCACUCUCUCUCUCUCUCCCUCUCUCUCUCUCUCUCUCUCUGGUUUUCUCUCCGUCUGCCUCGGUCACGAGCAAAAUCGCCUUUUUCCUCGACACGAGUUUCCAUCGCGAUACUCUCUCGACUCGUUCGAGCCUGUCUCGCGACGACCAAGUCGUCCAAGAGUGACGUCUCUGCGCCACCAUUAACUGGCGGUCUUUCACGACUCGCUGCGAGUGACAAUGAAGAGAAGGAGGAAGGGACGGUGCGAGGGAGAGCGUGACUUUUAACGUGUAUGAUUCUGCAUUUGUAGAAUGAAAAUUGAAGCGGUCGUCCGUGGCCCCUCGUGAGAAGGGGUUGAUCGACAGUACAAGUGGCGAGAGAGAAGAGACAGAGCGAGAGCGAGAGCGAGAACGAGCGAGCGAGCGAGCGAGCGAGAGAGAGAGAGAGAGAAAGAAAGCGAGGAAAAGCUGACGGGAGAGAGAAAGAGGGGUUGAUGAUGAUCGCGCAAUCAGCGGCGCCGAAUGCGCGACAGACUCGUCGUGUCCCUCGUUGGUCAGACGAAACGUGAACCAAUUUUCAAAGUGGCUUCGUGUGAGGGUGCACGUGCCACACACACACACAAGUGAUAUAUAUAUGUAUGUAUAAACAUGUAUAUCAGAGUGGACGCUCUUUUGUGCGAACCGAUGGCGGGAGGCGGUAGCGGGGAGGAAGAGAGAAAGAAAGAGAGAGCAAUUUUUAAAACGGAUGACUGCACCGUAGUGUACGAAAGAGAGAGAGAGAGAGAGCGAGAGAGCGAGAGCGAGAGAGAGAGAGA